AUAGUCUUUCAGCGUUUUUCUUUCGAUUUUGAAUUCAAGGCGUUGAAAUGGUGUCAGUGAGUGAUCUGAGGAUUGUGCUGAUAGGAAAGAAUGGAUCAGAAAACAACAGUGUAGGAAACAUUAUACUGGGUACAGAAGCGUUUCAGAAUGAAGCUCCAUCUUAUUCUCAGCAGCACAGUGAGACAAUCAGUGGAGAGGUGGAGAAGACACACAUCACAGUCAUCAAAACUUACCUGCUCCAUCCAAAUUUCCCACAGCAUCAGAUCAUACAGGCUGCGAGAGAGUGUGUGUCUCUGUCUGCUCCAGGACCUCAUGUGAUCGUACUCGUACUGCAGUAUAAUGACUUCAGUGAGGAGGACAGACGCAGAGUAAAAUAUGUGCUGAACCUAUUCAGUAAGCAGGCCAUUAAACACACUAUAGUGGUGACUACUGAUGAAGACACACUUACAUCCAAAUGGACUUCUAAGAUAUGGAAUAAUACAGUUUCUAAUUUAAUAAAGGAGUGUGGAGGACACCUUAAGUUUGAUACAAGAAACCUAGGAUGGCGCUCUGAGUUGAUCAGAAGGACAGAAGAAAUACUCAAGAAAGAACAUGAAGAAUUUCUCAUCUGUAACAUGUAUGAGGAUGGAGGUGAUGGAUCAUCAGUGGAUGAAGAUCUGAGCAGAUCUGGAGCUUCAGUCAGAGAUGACGACAAAGAGGAAGAGAAUUCUGUUGAGAGCACAAAAACAGGACGGGAUGGAGGAGUCAUUACUGGAAAAGCAAAGCUGAACAUCGUGCUGUGUGGAAAUCAUCCAACACUCAAGGAUUCAGUGUCUAAAAUAUUUCGAGGGACAAUGAAUAAACAAAUUAAUAUACAAAUAAAUAAACUUUUACCUCAGAAAGAGAGGAGCAAUGUGAGUGUGAAGAAAAGUGACAAGAUUAAUGGACGGCAGAUCAGUGUAAUAAAGCUUCCAGCUCUCACUCGUCUCUCAGAGGAGGACGUGAUGCGGGAGACUCACCGCUGUGUGUCUCUCUGUGAUCCUGGAGUUCAUCUUUUCAUCCUCGUUACUCCUGUCACUCCACUCACUAAUGAAGACAGAGCAGAAAUGGAGAAGAUUAAAGGAAUAUUUAACUCUAAUGAGCACUUCAUGGUGCUUUUCUUUACUGAACUCACGGUUGACAAAAGUGUGACUGAUUUUGUAGCGUCCACAGAAUCUCAGAGUGUUGUGAGUCUCUAUGGGAGUUGGCACAGUUUGAUGGGGUUGAAGGACCAGAGAAACUCUCAACAGAUCUCAGCCCUGUUAGACUGUAUAGAGAGCAUGAAGACUGAACCCUAUUCUCUUCAGACGUAUAUAAGAGCUCCAGAGAGGAGAGUCAGACAUGAACUAGAGGAGAAACUGAGUGUGAGAGAUAAUGAAAUCAAAGAGUUACAGAAGAAGAUCAAGACACUGGAGGGUGUGAAGCUGAAUCUGGUUGUGUGUGGGAGUAACACAGAAUUAAAAUCCUUCAUAUCAAACCUGAUCCUGAAGCAGAGCGAGAGAAGAUCCGAGCUGAGCUCCGAGUGUGUGAGGAGAGACGUGGUGCUUGAUGGACGUCUGAUCAGUCUGCUGGAGCUUCCAGCUCUGUUCAACACUCAGCUCUCAGAGGAGGACGUGAUGCGUCAGACUCACCGCUGUGUGUCUCUCUGUCAUCCUGGAGUUCAUGUGUUCAUCCUCAUCAUUCCUGAUGCUCCACUUAAUAAUGAAGACAAAGCAGAAAUGGAGGAGAUCCAGAGGAUCUUCAGCUCAAGAAUCAACAAACACAUCAUGAUCCUCAUAAAGCAGAAUCCAGAGCAUCAGACAGCAGAACUCAAUGAAGAAACACAGUCUGUCAUUGAGAGAUUUGAAGGACGACAUCAUUUCAUCGGCCUGAACACACAAGUGUCUGAGCUGAUGGAGAAACUGGAGCAGAUGGUUGAGGAAAACAGUGGUGUUUGUUUCUCCACAGAGACACUGAUGGAAGCACAGAUGGAGAAACUGCAGGAAGUUGAAGAAAUGAAGAAGAGAGUCCAUUCAUUACAGACGUGGUUUCAGUCACAAGAUUCAAGAAACAGAGAAGAUGAACUGAGGAUUGUGCUGCUGGGAAAAACUGGAGCUGGGAAGAGUUCAACUGGAAACACCAUCUUAGGAAGAGGAGCAUUUAAAUCAGACUUUUCUGAAAAGUCUGUUACUAAAGACUGUCAGAAAGAGACAGAUAAAAUCAACAGCAGACACAUCACUGUGAUCGACACUCCAGGACUGUUUUAUACUGAACUCAGUAAUGAACAGAUCCAGAGAGAAAUCAGAAACUGCAUCUCCAUGAUCCUGCCUGGACCACAUGUGUUUCUCCUACUGAUUCCACUGGGACGAUUCACUCAAGAAGAACAAACAGCAGUGAAGAUCAUCCAAGAGAUGUUUGGUGUGAACUCAUUAAUGUACACCAUAGUGCUAUUUACCAAUGGAGACAAACUGAAGAACAAAACCAUUGAUCAGUUUUUGGGAGAACCUGGAUCUGCCCUUAAAAAUCUGGUUGAAGCGUGUGGAAACAGAUUCCAUGUGUUCAAUAAUGAGACUAGAGACCGAACACAGGUGACUGAUCUACUGCAGAAGAUAGACAACAUGGUGAAAGCAAACGGAGGAAGUUACUACUCAUGUAAGAUGUUCAGAGAGAUGGAGAGAGAAAUACAAGAACAACAGAAGAACAUACUGAUGGAGAAAGUGGAGCAAGUGAACAGAGAAAAAGAAGAACUGAUGAACAAACAUAAAGAAGAGAAAAAGAAGAUGAAGAUGAAGAUGGAGAAAGAACAACAAAAUCAUGACAAAGAGAGAAAGAGAAGAGAAGAAGAAUGUAUUGAGAGAGAAGAAAGAUAUAAAAGAGACGUUAAAGACAUCGAGGAACAAGAGAGAAAGAUACGAGAGGAGCUGAAGAGAGAACGAGAGGAAUGGGAGAAACAGAAACAACAGGAAAGACAAAGAAGAGACGAAGAGGUGGAGAAAUGGAGAAAGAAAGAACAGGCGAUGUGGGAUGAAUAUAAUCAGAGACUUAAAGAAGAGAAGGAGGGAAUAAAGAUGAUGAUAAAGGAAGAAAGACAGAAUCAUGAGAUAGAGAGAAAGAGAAUAGAAGAAGAAUAUAUAGAAGAACAAUACAAAAGAGACAUUAAAGACAUAGAGGAACAAGAGAGAAAGAUACGAGAGGAGCUGAAGAGAGAACGAGAGGAAUGGGAGAAACAACAGGAAAGACAAAGAGAAGAAGAGGAGAAAGAAAGACGUAUAUUUAAUGAACUGUAUACAGGAACUCCUGAGGUUCAGCACACAAACAAUGAUGAAGAUUCACCAUCAAAUUCAGGAUGUUUGAGAAUCUUGCUGUUUGGGAGGACAGGAAGUGGAAAGUCUGCCACAGGAAAUGCUAUCCUCGGAAAAAAUGGGUUUUACAGUAAAGACAGCUCAUGUUUAGUGACCACUACUUGCACAAAGGUAAUUGGUAAAGUUCAUGGUCAAUCAGUAGCUAUUAUUGAUACUCCAGGACUCUUUGACCCCUCACUGACAAACGAACAAGUGCAGGAAGAAAUAAUGAAAUGUGUUUCACUGUCAGCACCUGGACCACAUGUGUUCAUCACUGUGUUUAAUAUGGGAAAAAUCACCAAAGAGGAGAAAGACACUUUAGAAAUGAUAAUGAAGAUCUUUGGACCAAAAGCAGCAGAGUUCAGCAUUGUUCUCUACACUAGAGGAGACAAACUAAAAAAACAAACAAUAGAACAAUAUGUAGGAAAAUAUAAAAAUGAUGACCUUGAGAAACUGAUCAGUGACUGUGGAAACAGAUUCCUGGCUUUUAACAACACAGAAACACAAGAUCAGACGCAAGUUACUAAGCUGUUCAAUAUGAUAGAAGAGAUGAAGAAAUCUAAUCAGGGCCGAUAUUUCACUAAUGAGAUGUUUGAGGAGGCAGCGAUCACCAUUAAAGAGAGAAUGAAAAUUAUAAAAGAGAAUGAAAGACAAAAUCAGGCUCAAGUUGAAGAAUUAAAAGCCAAAUAUGACAUGCCAUUCGAAAACAUGAGAACAAGACUGGAGGCGAAGAAACAAAGGACAGAUGAGGAAAGAGAGAGACUGGAGAAGAAGCUCAGAGAACAAGAGGAAACACUGAGGAGAGAGUUUGAGGAGAAAGAAAAAUCAGAGGAGGAACAGCAAAGAGCUGAAUAUAAUCAAAGAAUAGAGGAGAUGAAGAGAGAGAAUGACGAUAAGAGAAUACAGUAUGAAGAAGAGCAAAAAGAAAGAGAAGAAGAAGAUAAAAAGAGAGAGGAAGAAUAUAAACAAGAUCAAGAAAAGAUGAAAAAUGAUCAUGAACACAUCAUGACAGAAACAGAGAGAGAACAGAAAGAGAAAGAAUGUGAAGAGAAGAUAAAUGAAAUGGAGAGACGUUAUGAGCAGCUGGAAAAAGAGAGAAAAAAGGAGUGGAAGAGAAGAAAACAAGAGGAUGAAGAGAGACGAGUGGAGAAGAGAAAGAGAUGGGAGAAAAUGAUGGAAGAUCUGAAACGAGAGCAAGAGGAGGAGAUCAAGAGAAGAGAAAGAGAGGAGAGAGAAAGAACAAACACAGAAGAAACAGAGUGUGAAGAAAUGAAACAGAAACUUGAAGAGGAAAUAGAGAAGAUGAAGAAGAAACAUGAAGAUGAAACCAAAACACAAGAAGCAGAAUUGAAUGAUUUCAGAGAGAAAGUAGAUCAGCAGGUUAAGGAGCUCACAGAGAAGAUAACUGAAACCUAUGAUGACGAAAAAUCAAAAAGGGAAAGAAGUUGUCUUGUCAUGUGAAAUAUUUUUUAAUAUUAUUGAUGAGCCAAAUGACUAGCUCUGGUCUUUUGAAGGGUUCUUUUGCAUUUCUGUUUCUCUCAAGCAUGAGUGAGUUACUGUAUCUGUAUUCAUUUAAUCAGGGCUUUUCCCACCUGCUCCUGAAGGUUCAGAGUUUAGUCACAACCCUGCAGUUACACAGCUGUCGGUCAUUAAAGGGAUAGUUCACCCAAAAAUGAAAAUUAGCCUAUGAUUUACUCACCCU